CGCAGGCGUAAGGGAGGAAGCAGCUUCUCUUCAACAUGGCGGCGACCAUAGACAACAGCAAUGCCGUACAGGCGACAAAGAAAAAGCACCUCGGGAUCCCCGAAGCGGUGUUUGUGGAGGACGUCGACUCGUUCAUGAAGCAGCCCGGCAACGAGACGGCGGACUCUGCGCUCCGGAGGCUGGACGAGCAGUACCAGAAAUAUAAAUACAUGGAGCUCAACCUGUCUCAGAAGAAACUCCGGUUGAAAAACCAGAUCCCACAGAUCACCCAGACGCUAGAAAUCCUCCGACACAUGCAGAAGAAAAAGGAAACCACAGAGCCCAUGGAAACACACUUCCUACUGGCUGACAACGUUUACUGCAAGGCCUCUGUGCCGCCCACUGACAAAGUUUGCCUAUGGUUAGGGGCCAACGUCAUGUUAGAAUACGACAUCGACGAAGCCCAGGCUCUCCUAGAGAAGAAUCUGUCCACAGCGUCUCGCAACCUGGAGACGCUGGAGGAAGACCUGGACUACCUGAGAGACCAGGGCACCACCACCGAAGUCAACAUGGCGCGAGUCUACAACUGGGACGUAAAGAGGAGGAGCAAAGAAAACCUCCUGAAAUCAGCAGCCAAGUCUUAAUUAAACAGAACAGUGUCUAUGUUCCCCCUCUGCUAACUUCCUCCUGAGUCAUUAAAAGAAAAAUAAGCCCCGAGCCGAAGCCACGCGUACGUUGACCCCUGUCUGACCCCCGGAGCUCGGCUCACGGAGGCCUCGUCUGAAACGUUUACUGGAAGUUUGGCGCUGCUCGGGUCAAGCGUUUUGUCAUAGUUCAGUUUUUGCUCUUCGGCGUCUCCUCUAUCAAGCCCAGCUCAUAUUUCCACCACUACUGUUUUCUGUUGAUUUUUUUUUUUUUUUCAUUUUUUUUAUUUUUAAAGUAUUUUUUCAAGUAAAAACUAACCAAAAACAACAUCAACAAGGCAGUUUUGUAUUCUUUUCAUUGAUUUGACUGUGCUUCGUUCUUUUUUUAUGUAUUCUUUUCUUCUGGCAGGUCAGAAAAUCAGGGUUUACUUACACCACCCUGUCCUCUAUGGAUUUUCCUCCGGUAUCUUCCACUGAAACCUUUCUCUCAGCCAGCAUCGUACGUCGUUGCGCGGCUCCUCCCAGGGGGCCUGGCCAGUACGACUCUGGGACGAACUGGUUUUGCCUUGUAAACUUUGGUUCCCGCUUCCCGAGACUCGCAGGGUUUCACAGAGAUCAGCAGGAUUCCCGCGCCAGACCUGCCGCAGUUCUCCGUCCUCUGACCUUCCUCUCCAUAUUCCCUCCUGUCCCGUUUCCCUCCUCUCCGUGCCACUGUUCUCUCUGUAUUUAUUUGUCUUCCACUGUAUUCCUUAAACAACGAAUGAAGUAAAAAGAAAACGAUCAUUUAGGACAAGAGGUGAGCCCUUCA